CGUGGGCAGCAGUGAUUCCUCUAUCUGGCGUCAGUUGUCUCCCCUCACACGAUAAGCUUCUCGUCGAAGAUAAAGAGAAGCUUUAGGAAGCUCAGUCAGUAUUCAGCUGUAGACAGCGUAAAGCUGCGCUGGUCGAAGGUGCCCACUCUUAUUUCCGCUCGCCGCCAGAGCCGCAGCCUCCUCCCAUAACGUCGUCAUCGAUCUCCAUCGCACAUGCUGCCGCUCUUCCAUGGCCCGUUGCCACCGUCUGAGGAAGAUCUGCCGCAGGAUUCGGAUGUCGUUCAGUACCUGGCGCGUCGCUUCGCCCGCAUAGUGACGCUACGGCAUCUCCAGCGGCCCUCGGAGAGGAACGCUUCCAACAGAAACAACAGGCGGCACCGCCCACCGUACCCGCGUAAUUGCGCGUCCAGACGCCGCCAAGAUGCGAGAGCCAGACGCCGCGAGGUGGAAGCCGAGCCAGAACCUGACGACGCCACCUUAGACACCGCCAUCCGCUCUCUCCAGGCUCAUAUUGCGUCACUGGAGCGCUCAACGCUGCUGCGCGACUCUGCCACGUUGCUCUGGCGCGCCAAUAGCUCGGCUGCGGCGCUGGAUCUCACGCGGGAGUAUUUCUUGCAGUUCGUACACGGCUACGACUCGGCGGACAGCGAGCGUAGCGCCAUCACUAGCCGCUUCAUGGCCAGCGUCUUCCGUCCGGACAUCCUCUGUCGGGAUUUCCAGGGCCUCCAGGCCUACAUGGAUCAGUGGGAAAAGUACACGACUUUCCACGAGAAGCUCACCUUCAGACUCAAUACGGUACGGCUCGUAAAUAACGAAGAAGAUGACCCUCGCUGUGCCGUGACGGUCUAUGCGAAUGGUGAGCUCCACGUGACCUUCACGCAGGACACACUCAAGUUUCUAUAUCCUGCGCUCUUCACGCAGUCGCUGCACAACGCGCAAGAGCGAGAGAUCGUCAACACGCUCGUGGGCAGCAGAGGCCGCCUCCCCACGGAACUGGUGCUGCACUUUGACCGACAAGGCCACGUCUUCGCGUUUGAGUCGCGGGUGAACCUCGUGUCUACUUUACUAACAGUGCUACACAGUCCAUCGGCCGCCAUUCACGUGCAUCAGUCGUCGAUCAUGACAGCGGAUGGCCACUGGCAAGCGGGGACUGAUGCCGAAGAAGCUACAAGACGACAGCGGAAGCUGCCCAGGCAAUUGCUUUAAGAGACUAUUAAAAGGAGAUGUAAAGAGGUUGGAGAUGUUCCAGCGUAUGGAGACACAAGGGCGGUGAGUGCGCCACAAGGGUACUAUGAAUCUGGAUGUGAUCACUCUUGGCCCGCGUGCGCUCUGCAGUGGGAGACCCGUCGAAAUCACCGUUGAAAACCAACAGCCGACGGGUAGCACUCAUAUAGCGAUGAAAUGAGGCCCACACUCCCCCCAAAAGAGGGAGGAGAGACAGCGCUGCGAGCCAUUAAGGCUGUAAAAUCUUCCCUCGGAGAGAAGAUCGGGUGCUAUCAGCGUGCACCUGAGGUGCACUCCAACGAUAAAGCGGACACCGCCGGGAAGACGGUGCUGGAACGACUUGAAGGACAGUGAGCCUUACGGACCCACGUCCCCGUCGAGUAUCGUCACUGGGAAGAUGGAGGAAUUCAAGCAGAGAAGAUUGCAGAGUGACGGGCUGAAUGAGUGGCUACCGAUUGAACCGUUGAAAUUAGUUAUUGUCCGUAUAAGUAUCCGGCACCUGUUAAAUUAAAUGCUUGACGCACUGCCGUCAUUCUUUAGUUAUGUUACCUACAUCAAUGAAGCAAAAACAUGCGCAAAACACAAAAGCG